GAGGGAGGGAGAGAGCGUUCAGCUGCGCCUGCGCCGAGGGCACCAGACCAGCUUCCGGCCUGGCCCAUUGCGGCUGCGCAGAAACCGCAGUUUGAUUGGUUCAAGCUUCCUCUUGCGUUUGUGUCACGGCGCCGCGCCGCCGUGGGGGCGGGAAGACGCGGCUGUAGCGGCGGCGGCGGCGGCAGGGGCGGCGGCGGCCGGGGCGGCAGGCUAGAACCGAGACUAGGCGUCUGGGCGGCUGCUUCACCAGCCUGGCCCCCUCGCUCCUCUCCUUCCCCUUCCUCCCUUCACCUCCGCGGUGGUCCGCAGGAGUCCGCGACACGUUACGGGGCGGCGGCAGGCUCCAGGUCACUUCAUCCUAGUCCAUCCUCCCAAGAAGGGACAGAAAGAAAGACAUCUUAGUAAGAAAGGCCUGGGUAUCCCAUGAAUGAGACAGCAGAAAACCGAUCGGGGUGCAGCCGGACACCAGAGCCAGACAUAAGGCUCAGAAAAGGACACCAGCUUGAUGGUACAAGAAGUGCUGAUGAUGGCAGCCACCAUGGAGAUUUGGAACCCAGUUUAGAGACACCUGUUCUUUCUUCCCAUCAUAAAAAAAGCUCUGAAGAACAUGAGUGCAAUGAUGGAGCUUCUCAAGAAGACGAGGGAUUUAUGGGCAUGUCUCCGCUCUUACAAGCCCAUCAUGCUAUGGAAAGAAUGGAGGAGUUUGUUUGUAAGGUAUGGGAAGGUCGAUGGCGUGUAAUCCCUCAUGAUGUACUUCCAGACUGGCUCAAGGAUAACGACUUUCUUUUACAUGGUCACCGGCCCCCUAUGCCUUCCUUCCGGGCCUGCUUUAAAAGCAUUUUUAGAAUACACACAGAGACAGGAAAUAUCUGGACACACCUCUUAGGUUGUGUAUUCUUUCUGUGCCUGGGGAUAUUUUAUAUGUUUCGCCCAAAUAUCUCCUUUGUUGCCCCCCUGCAAGAGAAGGUAGUCUUUGGGUUAUUCUUCUUGGGGGCCAUACUCUGCCUUUCUUUUUCAUGGCUCUUCCAUACAGUCUACUGCCAUUCAGAAGGGGUCUCCCGACUCUUCUCUAAACUGGAUUACUCUGGUAUUGCUCUUCUGAUUAUGGGAAGUUUUGUUCCUUGGCUUUAUUAUUCUUUCUACUGUAAUCCACAACCCUGCUUCAUCUAUUUGAUUGUCAUCUGUGUGCUGGGCAUUGCAGCUAUUAUAGUCUCGCAGUGGGACAUGUUUGCCACCCCUCAGUAUCGAGGAGUAAGAGCAGGAGUGUUUUUGGGCCUUGGCCUCAGUGGCAUCAUUCCCACCUUGCACUAUGUCAUCUCAGAGGGGUUUCUAAAGGCGGCCACCAUCGGGCAGAUUGGCUGGCUAAUGCUCAUGGCUGGUCUCUAUAUCACGGGUGCAGCCCUGUAUGCUGCCCGCAUCCCUGAGCGCUUCUUUCCUGGCAAGUGUGACAUCUGGUUUCAUUCUCAUCAACUGUUUCACAUCUUUGUGGUUGCUGGCGCUUUUGUUCACUUCCAUGGUGUCUCAAACCUCCAGGAGUUCCGCUUCAUGAUUGGUGGAGGCUGUAGUGAGGAGGAUGCACUGUAAUUCCCACCACCACCAGGGACUGACCCAGAGCUGGGCUGCUCCUGCAACCCUUCCUUCCUCACUGGCAGUCGAGCCAGAGACAGAGGAGCCCCUUGACUGAGAGACUCAGGGACUCCGUGUGGUACACAGCCAAGAAGAGAAAAACAAAAUAAAUAUUACCUCAAAGGAUGGAGUGCAUCAAUACAAAGGAAAGGAAAAGAUCCAAACCCUGACCAAUUCUUGGGACUUCCUGAUUGAGGGCUCUGCAAGAUCUUGGAAAACUGACUUCUGAUCCAUAAUCGUAUUUAUAUGUAGAAGAUGGGGAAACAGUUCAAUUGGUGGUUCAUUUUUUUUUCUUUUUUUCUCCUUAAGACAGUAAUACAACCAAUUUAGGUGAAGAUUUAUAUCCUCCUAAGGAUAUAAAUGCUUAUAAAUGCUUUUAGAUGUUCUUUUGGGAGAACAAAUAAAUUAAUGUAAAUAGGAUUUCUAACAGUUUAAAUAAGAUUUAUAUACAUGUUAAAACAUAGGGUGGGAGGUAGAAUUUUUGUAUAGAAUGAAACAUGCAAGUACCACACACUGUUUCAAUUUUGCACAAAGUGACUGUAGGAGGAACGGGUGAUAGUUCUAAAAUGUGUAAUGCCUUGGUGCACCAAGGUGCCUUCUAAAGGCUGAUGAGGUGUAACUUGGAUUGGGUGGGCUGAAGACUUUAGCUCUACCCAGUGAUUACAAAAACACUCUUAUGUUGAGAGCCUUUGGAAGCCCUGACAUGGAGGGAAGCAGCAUGUGUUUUCAGUGGGAGCAGCAUGUGAAUGGCUUGGCAGGUUGUUUUUAGGUAAAGGCUCUCAUUUGAGGAUGGCUUGUUUUCUUUGCUAACCAGUGAUGCCCCUGUCUAAGGAGCUGAGCCACCUACUUGUGAAAGUUAAUCGUGUUAGUAAAGGGGCAGUUAAGACCUGCCAGGGACUCUGGAAAUAUUGGCAUGGGGGGCUGAUCUGAUUACUUUGAGGUGUCCUGUUCCAUUUUGUGGUGAUUCUUCUCUGAUUGAAGCAAUGUGAGAGUUUUCCAUGUCCUUCUUGUGGAACUCUGAAAUGUCUUUGAAAUGUCACUCUAUUAAAAUCACUGCCCUAACUACCCUUGUUCCUCCUGGGAAUAAAAAUUGGUGUUUUCUGCGGUCAUAGUUUCUGGCUUGGCACCAGCAGCAAAAGAUAUGCCUCUUGAGCUGAACUAUUUAUGUAUAGUUGGAGAACACUUCCUGUGGCUUAGGAAAGAGAGGUUCACCUCUGACUGGCUGUCUUGGUAAUGCUAGAUGUCAUGGGCACACAAGUUCUCUUUGAACAAGAAAGCCAGCAGGACUCAUAAGUUAGAUUCAUAAUUGUUCAUGGAGUUGGCUGCAUUCUGAACCCCACUUGGAAGGGGUGGGGAUCAGUUUAAGGAAAAACUGUUAUUGCUGGGGAAUCAGGUAGAAUUUUUGAUAAAGCUGUAUCUUUGAAGAGCUACUAGAAAUUAAGAAAUACACUUGUGUCCCAAAAUUUCCUUUUUUUCAGGGAUAGUGAAGAACAGUAGUCUUGUGAAAGGAUACUGAUCUUAAGUGAUCUUGUUGAGAGGAUGCUGAUCUUGGCUCUUAGGUGAACCACCAGAAUAGCACUUAAGUCUUAGUUUCCUUACAGUCAUUGAGUGCUUUGGGUGAUUAAUUACAUCCAAGCGAUUGUUGGUGUUAGAACAAAAUAUUGAAACCCUAAGAAUAGCGUCUAUCAUCCUCACGUGAGUGUUUGGGAAUAUGGGGAGCAUCUCCUAUUCAUUCAAUGUAGAGUUUACUUGAUAAUAUUUCUCCUUUCUACUUCCAAUCUCCAGCAAAAGCUGGGUGGGACCAGGAAGAAACUUGUAGAACUUGGAAAGAAUUUAAGAGUAUUUUGCUUCUGGAUAAAGCCACUGCCCUGGGUGCUAGGUGUACCCAGAAAAAGGCUCUCUGGGUGAACUAAUGCAGUGCUUGACAGAAUAAAGGACAGUGUUAACUCUGAGGAACAGUAGUCCAGUAUAGUGGCCGUCUGGAAGGAAGCUCACAUAAUUCGUGGAAGCAACAGCACAUAUCAGAAGCUAGACUUGCUCUUCGGUCAUGCACUUUGGAAUACAGGAUCUAAAUCAGCCCUGUACCAGCGUCAACAGAAGUAGCAGUGUUGGGGUCCAGCCACCUUACACCCCAGAGGAGGAGCUGAACCUGGUUUAACAGCACAAACCCUUAGGUAAAUGAAAUUAGCAUCAACAAUGUCUAUUCAGUAAGAUAUCCCUCCUUAGGGGAUGUGCGUGCGUGCGAGCAAGCAGUGUGUGUGUGUGUGUGUGUGUGUGUGUGUGUGUGUGUGUGCGUGUGUGUGUGUGACCAACAAUAGCCUCAAUGCACACUUGGGAUCCAGUGCUUGCUGAGACUCACCAGGCUAGUGCCUGAAUGCCUUACUCUCAGCAGUCAGAGGCUUGCUUGCUCUGUGCAUAUUUUUCAUUUUUCUUUUUUGGCCCUAGGCUGGUUAGGACCUCUACAGCUUCAUUCUUUCACCAUUAAAUAGUGGCCUUUUUUUCAGUAUUUUUCUCCUUCCCUUUUAUAAAUUGCUAAAAAUCACAAAGCACAUUUUGGGGUUCCAAAAAGACAUCUGUAUGAUGGUUCCAUUCACCAUGGGAUUUUCCCUACUUGUUGUAUUCUCAACUUCUAAUAAAAGAACCAAAUGAUA